UAUUGUUACGGCACGACCAAGAAGGGGAAAGCCUUUCUAAAAUGGCUGAAAACAAGGAUGCUAAUCAGAAUUGUAACCACGGCAACGGAGUGCCAUGCGUAACUCAAGAAAAUGGACACCUGAGUUGUGACGAAUCGGUUAUUAAGAAUGGAAUAAGUUCCGAAGACACCAUCACAGACGCUGCCCCUGCUGCUACUCCGCCGCAGUCUGUGCAAUCAAACAGAGUUAACUCCCCUACCAAUGUAUCGCGACCUCACGUUAACCAUCGGACGGGCUCCCCAACGAACUAUACGGGAAGUACCGCGCACACCACGUCUGCACGCGAGGAGGCCAGUUCGCCGAUGGGCAGUCAGAAUUCGCCGCCCAACCACCAACACGUGGUACACGUUCAUGUGAACCCGGGAGAGACGUUUUCUGUGCGGCUCGGUGAUCAGAUUCAACAUAUUCAAGGUCCAGCCACUGUGCGGAUGGUUUCAAACAACGGACCGCCACUUCCCAUGCCCAUGCAGGUCCCUCCUGGUCACAUGGUCCAACAGAUCGUCGACGAAUACGGGAUUCUAACACACGUCAUUCUAUCACCACAGCCUCCUGUUCCGGGCAGCCCGAUGACGGGUGGACCAAACAGUGCCACGCAGUAUUACCACAAUCCGUACGGACCACACUACACUCAGCACCCUCAGUACCCAGCCCAUCAUCAUCCACAUCCGCACGCCGUUCCACCACACAUGCAGUCGGGGGGCAUGCCUCCUCCUCCGCCACAUGUUCAGACGCCGCCCCCUCAUAACUGUACGAAUCAUACACCAGUGCAUUCAUCAGGUCCCAGUCCACCAGUGAACUCCACGGAAGACCGAACGUUGAGGACUCGCGCCAGGGUUCGGAAGAAACUCGAGCGGCGCCGGACAGACGGAUACCCGCCACGUCCCCCGGCACGAAGACGCUGUCCCGGAGUGAAUGGAGAAGUUCAGCAUGGAAACCACGUCUCAAACAUGUCCCCGACAGAAAAUGGUCCAACAGAACCCGACGAAGACAAUUCCCUUAUUUUACAAUAUCUUUCAAACAUGCCCCCUCCCAGGGUUACUGAUAUAGAGGCUAGAAGUGCCUUGAUACAGAUAUCUCCUCCUGAUUGUGAUUCUAGUGACCUUGACGCGUCCGAGUUCAAAUAUGAGUUACUGCUGUCUGACAAGGGACGCGAUGCCAAAUACAAACCAGUUUAUAGUGGUGAUGCCACAGAAAUAACAUUGAAAGAUCUGAAACCAGCAACAGAAUACUUCUUAAGGGUGUGUACAGUGCUAAAUGAUGACCUGAAAGGAAACCAGACCGACGCGGUCAGUUUUCGCACGGCUGCCUGCGAGCCUGACAUGCCCCAACCCGCUACACUUCUAGCCAAAACUAAAACCUCAUUACAGCUCAAAUGGAAGGCCGCAUGUGAGAAUGGGUCUAAAAUUUCAACAUAUACCCUGGAAUGUGACCAGGGGAAUGGUGAUGGUAAUUUUGUCGAAGUCUACAAUGGCCUGCAGAGACAGUACCGUAUGACCAAGCUGCAGGCGGCCUCACGGUAUACAUUCAGACUGGCCGCCAUCAACAGUGUGGGCAAAAGUCCUUUCAGCGAACCAGUGACAUUUUAUUCAUCGGGUACUGUCCCCUCACAGCCAGACCCGCCCAUGCUAUCGGAGCAGUUUGUCUUCGCACUGACAAUAUCGUGGAUCAAGAGGCCUAAUGAUGACGAGUUCUUACUGCAGAUGGAGGAUGAAGCUACUGGUCAUGGUUUCAUGCCUGUAUACAAUGGGCCAAACCUUUCUUACACCAUUCGGAAUCUGAGGCGGAAUACGGAAUAUAAAUAUCGGUUAUCUGCCAAAAAUGAUGAGGGCCAGAGUAAAUGGAGCGACGUUGUGUGUUACCGCACGUACCCAGAGAGACCUUCCACACCAUGUAAACCGCAGAUCAAGGGCAAAAUAUAUGCUCACAGUUUUAAGGUUACAUGGGAUCCUCCUGCUGAUAAUGGUGGCUCAGAAAUCACAAAGUUUGUCGUGGAACUGGACGAUGGUCAUGGGUAUGACACGGUGUAUGAGGGGUCUGAACGAGAACAUCUGUUUGAUCAUCUUGUCCCGGGCCACACGUACCGAGUCCGGGUGGCGUGUUGCAGUGCCGGCGGCCGCAGUGAGUUUUCCAACUGUUGUGAGGCGACAACUCUUCCAGUUUCACCAGGCCAGUGCCAAGCCCCCAAGCUGCAGGGCAAACCCAAGGCCACCUCUUUGCAUUUACGGUGGAGUUAUCCUGAGUACGAUGGUGGUGCACAGGUGACGUCGUACGCUGCCCAGAUGAUCUCCCCGGACAACACGAUGCGCGAGGUGUACCGUGGCCACGACUUAGACUGCAUAGUAGCUGGGCUUCUGCCAGGCAGACCAUAUCUCUUUCAAGUUCGAGCUUUCAACAGAGCAGGGGGUGGCCCCUGGUCUGACCCUCUGGAGGUGGUGAGCGGGGCGGGUGUACCAGAAACCCCGAGAAGUCCCCAGGCCACCUGCAAGUCACCCCACAGUGCAAUAAUAUCCUGGGAAGAACCCUUCAAUAAUGGUGCUGCAAUAACAGAGUACAGACUGGAGUGGCAGCACAAGCUAGAUAAUAACGAGUUCUCUCAGUUAUAUUUUGGGCCAUGCCUGACCUACGACGUGAAGGGUCUCACUCCUGCUACACUUUAUUCUUUUCGGGUUCAGGCCAUCAACAGUGCUGGUCCGGGGCCGUUCUCGGCACCAUCCCCGUGCGUGACCCCUCCCUCUAGUCCGGCCCCCAUCAUCACCAUCAAAAGCCAGGCGACGGCGACGUCAAUCUGGGUGUCGUGGCGUGAGCCGCACAACAACGGCAGUGAGAUCAUCUCGUACAACCUGGACCUGGGCGAGAAGCAGCUCAUCACUAUCGAGCCCUCGUGCGAGUACACCAUCGACAACCUCAUUCCCGAAACUGUUUACAAAAUCCGUAUCCAGGCUGUGAAUGGUAUUGGUGUGGGUGCGUUCAGUGCCCCCGUCAAGGUUGUCACACGUGCGCUCCCUCCCAGCCCACCGAGACUGGAGUGUGUGGGUGUCGCCCCCAGCAGUCUCAAACUGAAGUGGGGUGAAGGUCGUAACACUGAUCUCCUCACCUACACACUAGAGAUGGAGAAGGAAGAUGGCAGCUUCCAGGCAGUGUAUACGGGUCCAGCACACACGCAUAAGGUGAACAAGUUGACCGAGUUGACGAGCUACGAGUUCCGGAUAUUCGCAAGCAACGACGCUGGCGGGGGCCCCUACUCUGACACUUACACAUUUAAAACGACCAUAGCUCCACCCCCUGCCAUGAGAGCGCCAAAGUUGUGCGAGAUCACACUGACGAGCUGUUUGGUGGAGUGGCAGAGUUGUCGCCCGAUGGCCGGGGACGUGAUUGUCUACUUACUGCAGGUUCAGAGACUCGACAGUCACGACCACGAGUACAAACAGUUGUACCGUGGGCCGAGUGUUCAGUUCAAGCUGGAGACCCUUCAACCAAAGACGGACUACCACGUGAGAGUGUGCGCGAUUCGGCAGUGCGAGGACCAGAACAUGGGAGACAUUGUGGGCGCGUUCAGCCCGGGUGUGACGUUCACGACGCUCAGUCCGGAGCCUGUGCGCCUGAACUCGUCCAAGUCCGUCGAGUCCAAGCUGUUGGAGCCGAAGCAACUGACCGACCAGCAGUGGGCAGCCAUCAUUGUUGUUGUUUUUGUGAUCGUCGCUAUAUUGAUUGCCUUUUUGACUCAGCAUGUCAUUGAUUAUUUACGUCGCACAGAUACAUAAAAAAGAAGAAGAUAAAAUGUGACCAGUUGGUUAUUUGGGUCGCACUGAUACAUAAAAAAUAUAUAAAAUGUGACCAGUUGGUUGUUUACGUCGCACAGAUACAUAAAUAAUAGAUAAAAUGUGACCAGUUGGUUGUUUAGGUCGCACAGAUGCAUAAAAAAUAGAUAAAAUGUGACCUGUUGGUUAUUUAGGCACGCAGAUACAUAAAUAAUAGAUAAAGUGUGACCUGUUGGUUAUUUAGGUCGCACGGAUACAUAAAACAUAAAUAAAGUGUGACCAGUUGGUUAUUUAGGUCACACGGAUACAUAAAAAAUAGAUAAUGUGACCUGUUGGUUAUUUAGGUCGCACGUAUACAUAAAACAUAAAAUGUGAUCUGUUGAUUAUUUAGGUCGCACAGAUACAUAAGAAAUAGAUAAAGUGUGACCUGUUGGUUAUUUAGAUCGCACGGAUACAUUUAAAAAAAAAAAGUGCGACUGAUUUCGCCAGUGAAUACCACAAGGAAAUAGCACGCUGCAGUUUGAGGUGGAUGGAAGGAUGAAGAUGAAGUCAUUAAGAAAAAAAAAGGGAGGAAUUUACAAACAGGAAGAGACAAUGUGUCUUCUUUUGAAAAAGGGAAAAGAAACUACUGUUUUUCCUUUUUUGUUAGUAUCAUUUGAAAUUAGUGGAUUCUUUCGAUGGAAGAAGAAAUUUGUGGAUUAUUUCAAUGGAGGAAGAAUCAUAUCUGAAUUUUGAGCUUGCACAACAGUUACUGAGCCCGACACACGGUUACGAAGGCACAGUUGAAGCGAAAGCUGUUAAAAUUAUGAUCCUGAUUUUAUAAAUUCUGCAGUUUGUUGAUAUACAGAAUUGUGAUUGCAAGUAAACGUACAAAUUGCAAUUUCUGUUUCCAAUUUAUUCUAGCUUAAUGGUUCUGUGGUAUAACGGUUUUUUGAUGGUCAGUUUGGGACUAUAUUUUAAGUCGUACUAUUUGUUGCUAUUCAUUGGUGUCUGCUGAUGGCCGACCAUGUGACCUUGAACUCUUGACCUUGCUUAAUGUGGCUGGGGGAAAUGGUGUAGAAUUUUCUUCUGUGACAUUGGUGAUGUCAUUAUUACCCAUGAUUCCUCAGUGGUUAACUGCUUGUUAAUGUUUUAAAAGUAUCGACAGAUAUUGUUACGUUAUAUAUAAACCAGCAUUCGCAUAAAAUGAAUGUUCAUGUACAUAAUUGUUAUAAUUUUUUUUUUUUUUUUUUUGACAAUGUCUGUUUCAAAGCUGCUUGAUAUAUUGUGAUAUGGGACUUACUCCAAGCACAUGAAAAAGUAUGUAUUACAAUAUAUAUUGUCGUAUCCAACAGUUAAUUUUAUUUUUCUCACUUGUUAAGAGAAUAUCGUGUUCACGCUAGUCAUGUAAAAAGAAUAAUAAUAAUUAAUGAAUCUUUGGUUGUACUUUCCAAAUAGAUAUUGUCACAGUGUGUAAUAUGCUUUUGAUCAAAAGAUGUUGAAAAAAAAAUGAAGAUUUUUAUUCUCUGGUCGUUA